AGGACGUCCAGGCCUAGAAGCGUAUUCCCUUUGAGCCUAAGUGUUGUCACGGGAGUAAAUAAUGGGAGAUCUUCACAGACGGUAUGCAUGCCGCCACCGUCCCGCAACGACAUGCAGGGUCCGUGAGAGUUCCAAGAACGUCUAUUCCACCGCUGUUCGAAGCCCUUCAGCCUCUUUGCCAAAGGCAAGGGACGCCUGCAUUUCCUUGAUAUGCUUGCCUUCACACAGUUAUUUUUCCGGACAGAGAGCGAACUGCGGUGAAGACAUAUCCUCCAGCCAAGAUCCUGGUGUCGAGGGUAUUGAUGAUUUCGCACAGCACUGUUUCGUUAUGUAUCUCCUCAACGGGCCUUGGGCGUGUUGUUUGCAGACCGCUUGCUGUUCUGAAUCUCCUCGAUUGUUCUUUCCCCGGUUAAGGUGGCCUCGAUGUGCUGUGUUCAAUGAAAGCAUGGGUUAUCCACAGAGUCGUAUUAACAUUGAUGGUCGGAGAGGCUUGUCGAGUGCUGAUAUUUCGUGGUGGAGAAACACUAUAAUAAGCUUAUGCUUUGCUAUAUCCGGCGCUGAACGGGAUAAACGAUGAAGCGUUUCGGGAAGAUCUAAGAACCCAUUAUCCAUGCAGAAGUUUGUUUAUGACCUCAUAUUUCUGCUUCGUGCUUAGCGGAUAGGCAACUACAGGAUAGAAUACGGCUAUAAUCACGAGCUCGGUAGCACCUCCAGUACUCCGUAGUGCACACAUGUCGGUCAAGUUCGUCAAAAUCAACUACUUGAAGGAUAGAGGAGUCCAACGUUG